GCCGGGGUCUCCCGGGCCGGGCUUGGAGGCGGAUGGCGGCUCGGACCGCUUAGGGCGGAGCUGCAGGGGCGAGGCGGCGGCUGCCAUGGGCUGGUGAAGGCGGCCGCGGUCUCCUCAGCCGGCGUCCGCCCUCCGAGCCGGGGGCCAUGGGUUCGUCGGCGGCCGCGGCGGCUGCGGCGGCGGCGGCGGCUGCGGCUGCGGACUCGGCGCAGUGGCUCUCGGUGAAGGAGGAGACCAUCUUCCUGCACGACGGGCUGAUCCGGGUCACCGACCUGGCCGAGCUGCCCAGCGAGAUUCUCGGGGCGCCCGAGGCCGCCGACACCGACCUGGAGAUCUUGACAUUUGAGACCAAGAACCCGACGGAAUUAGCAGAACGUUUGCGCUCCGUUUGUGGGAACCAGAGCAAUGCCUAUGCCCGCCUACUGGAAUACCGCCUGAAUGCCUUGCGGGGACUGUGGAACGCGCAGCGCCAGCUGGCCCUGGAAGAACAGCAUGAAAGGGACAGUUCAGGGGACGAGGAAACGCUGGCCCUGCUCAAGCGCCAGGGUUUGUUGCAGCAGCCGGAGCAGGCGCCCUUCACGUCGCGGAUGGGGCUGCUGCUGGUCUUCCCCCUCAUCCAGUCCCAGAGCAGAACGGACCCCUCUCUCUGUAACAUAACCGCUGAGGUGCUAUUGAACUGCCUUCGUGACUGCCAGCCCUUGAGCUUGACCAAGGAGCCCGCCGACUGUCUCAAUGGCAUUGAAACCUUGCUGUGCUCCUGGCUAGAAGAGACCUCUGACACAGGCCGGCACAUCCCACAGAAGCAAAAGGAAAAUGCUGCUGCCGCUCUGGUGGCCUUGGCCUGUGCCAGGGGAUCCCUGAAGACCUUUGUGCACACAGUUCAUCUGUUACAGAAGCAGCCCGACCUCGGGUCUCUGCCCGUGGCCGAUGUACUGUAUAGACUGUUGCUUUUGGAAGGCGGGCCCGGAUCCCCCUCCUGCUUGCUCGGAGGCAAACACAUAGUAUCGUGGGGGUAUGAAGACAUGUUGCCUGCACCUGAUAGCAACACUGGCUCCAGUUCUGAAAAUAAAGAUGCUGACUUGGGACGCUGUCUCACGGCAGAUGGCCUUUACCUGUAUACUACUAACUCAGUUGGAAGAGGAGUAAGCAAAUUGGGGUCUGGAUUACAUGGUACUCUCAGAGGGUUUGUGUACUGCCGGAACGAGGAGCUGGAGCCAGGCUGGGUGGCCUACGGCAGCGGCUGUCUUCUCCACAGGCCUGUGUCUUUUGAUAAUAAACCUCACUCUCUUUUCCAAGUCAUUGACCAAAACACCCUUCAGGUGUGCCAGACAGUUCCAAUGCCAGCCAAUCACCUUCCUGUGGGCAGCACCAUGAGCACCGUGCACCUCUCCUCAGAUGGCACUUACUUCUACUGGAUCUGGUCGCCAGCCAGUCUGAAUGAGAAAACACCAAAGGGGCAUUCUGUCUUCAUGGACAUCUUUGAACUUGUGGUUGAGAAUGGUGUCUUUGUAGCCAGCCCGCUCCAGGAACGCACCAUUCUGAUGAGGAAAGAGGGAGAGUCUGCGAAAAGCAUCAACGAGAUGCUGCUGAGCCGGCUCUCCCGCUACAGAGCCUCCCCGUCGGCGACCCUCGCGGCCCUGACCGGCUCGACCAUCUCCAACACGCUGAAGGAGGACCAAGCAGCCAAUACCAGCUGUGGGCUCCCUCUGAAGAUGCUCCGUAAGACGCCCAUCUACACCUGUGGCACCUACUUGGUGAUGCUGGUGCCACCACCAGGAGGGUCAGGCAGCUCGGCCACUCGCUCUCUUUUUGGUGGAACAAGUGGUUUGUCAUCCUUAAAAAUUCUCGCCUCUAGCCUGGUGUAUAACAUUUCCGAUGGGCAGUUCACAAGCCGUGCGGAUCUCAUUGAUGCUGCUGGAAGCUCGCUGGGGCGUGGUGCUCUUGUACCAGGAUUAGGAGCCUGUUACGAUACCGUGAACAACAUGCUAUGGACAUGCUCCAAUGAUUAUAUUGACCAGUGGUGCAAUCCUGGGAAUCAAGCCUUCCAUUAUGUCUGCCAGAGACUUGGAGUGAGCCACAUCAUCACUGAGCCCAAAGAGGAGGCUAUAACUACGAAUGAGGUUAUAAACCAGUUACUGCACCAUGUUGGUGCGAUGUGCAUACACCAACUCAAUCUUCUUGCCACGAAUCCCAAUCUUCCAAUCACAAGUGUCUUGGGCAAGCAGCAUCCAAUUGAAGCGCACCAUCUUAGCAGUAUUUGUGACAUUAUGGAGAAGGCCAUGGUUAACGGAGACACCUGUAUUAUACGCUGCAUUCUUGUUGUCUUUCAGGUGGUGUUUAAAUUUUUCUUCAGCCCACAAACUGAAAGGAAUCGAGACAUCAUUCGACGGUCGGGAUUGCUUCUUUGGCAGCUGUUGAUGGCACCGAAAGAUCAGAUUUGCCCCGAGAUUCAGAAGGAAGUCUGCCUUGCCAUCAGCUCUGGCUUAAAUAUCUUGUACCCAGGGGAAACUGAAAUCAAUAAUUUGUUAAAGCUGGUCUUAACCGAAGGAGAGAGGAACAGCGGCCUUGCCCAGCUGCGGGAUGUGAUCCUAACCAGCCUAGCCGAGCAGCUUCAGAACAACCGAUUUGGCAGUGAUGAGGAUGAUCAUUACAGAUUGAAUGAUGAACUUCUACACUAUAUCCUGAAGAUUGUUGUACGAGAAUCCUGUAUCUUAAUCACCAAGUGCCAAACUGUUUCCACAGAUGAUUUUCAAAAGCUCCUUUCAACUGUGCCUGCUGCAUCCUCGUGCCUGCGCUAUCUGAUGGCGGUUCAGAAUCACCUGCUCAGUAACACUAUCUUGAUUAAGCCCGAUGAGAGUGAUGACAGUGACAACUCCUUGCAGGGAGAGACAUUGAAGGUACAGGAGCUAAAGGUCAGUAUUUUGUCUCUUGCCACCCAAAUCCUGAUUGGAUGUGAUGAAGUGUUGGAAAUGCUACAGCAGGUCACAACCGCACUCAUAAACAGCGACAUAGCGGACCGUGAGCAGAGGUUAAAAGGCUUGGAGCAAGUUACUAAAGCUACUAUGCUGGGUCACCUCCUUCCGGUGUUACUCACCUCCCUGAUGCAUCCGAAUUUACAGACUCUGAUCAUGGCCGAUGCCCUGAUGCCUCAGCUGGUCCAGCUGGUGCUCUAUACCAGCCAGACGGCUUUGUUGCUGAAAACCCAGUGUCCGGUUUUUGCCGACGUGGGCUGCUCCCCGUGUGGUGCCUCAGAGUCAAAGUGCAGGCUGUUCCCCGAUGAGAGGAUGCUGGAAGAGAAGGAAGAGCCAGGCUUUCUCACUGGCUUAAAGAUCCCUGCCCCGUGGGCUGCCGGAAAGACUGUGGAAACAGUACACCCUGUCAGAGACAACUACAAAUUUAAAGAAACAGUCCAUAUCCCAGGAGCUCGCUGCCUGUACCUGAGAUUUGAUAGCAGGUGUUCUUCACAGUAUGACUACGACAAAUUGGUGAUAUGCGCGGGCCCCAGCACCAGCAGCAGGAAGGUUGCUGAGUACGGGGGCAACACGCUGGGCUAUGGCAGCCGCAGCGUCCUAGGAGCUGGCUGGCCGAAGGACCUGGUGAAGGUGGAAGGAGAUACUGUCACCUUCUCCUUUGAAAUGAGAAGUGGUCGUGAACACAACACUCCUGAUAAAGCUAUGUGGGGCUUUGCUUGCACAGUUCGCGCUCAGGAGUCUUCGGAGGAUGUCUCAGGAGGCUUGCCUUUUCUAGUAGACCUGGCUUUAGGUCUGUCUGUGUUAGCAUGUUCCAUGUUAAGAAUCCUGUAUAAUGGACCAGAAAUGACCAAAGAAGAAGAAGCCUGCCAGGAGCUCUUGCGGUCCAAACUUCUGCAAAGGUGCCAGUGGCAGGUGGAGGCCAAUGGCGUGAUCUCUCCUGCCCUUACUCCAAGCCCCUCUCCACUGCCUCUGACCAUAGAGGAAGACAGAGAAUUCACCUACCCUGCUGACGUCCUUGUGCCUCCUGUUGGGAACUACUUUGACCUGCCCCGAAUCAGGCUGCCUCCAGGAAUCAUGAUAAAGCUCAGGGAAAUCUCUGGGCGCGCUAGACCUCAAUUCAGACCAAGUAUCAAAGAAGUGAUUCAACCUGAUGUGAUGGAGGAGAUGGUGGUAUCAUGUGUUAUUAAGCACUUGAACUUGGUUGAUGCACUGCAAUCCCUAAUAAACUUCCAGUAUCAAGAAGAACAUGCUGAGGAAUAUGAUCUGCUAUGUAAAAUUAUGGGAGAGACCUUUAAGAAACUUAAUGCCAUGGAGAGACAACUGCAGAGUGUGGCAGAAUUGGAACAGAAAUGGCAAAGUGAAGUCGAUGAUGCCAUACAGGGGAAAUUGGAGAAUAACAUGCCUUUCUUCUACGAUUACCAUUUUAAUGAGAACAAAAUGAAAGAAUUAGAACUUUUGUGUUCAAUGAAGGAAGUCUCCUUUGAUGGAAAUGAUCUUGAAAACAUGGUUCUAUCACUGAGGGAGAAGUUCCUGCAAGAAGUGAAUUCUCUCAUUCAGAAGCCAUCACACCCACUGGCUAAGACGAAGACCUUGGUGAAGAGUCUGAUGAACCGUGCCGAGCUGCUGCUGCAUGUCACCAUCGCAGCCCAGUCAGGGCUCACCAGGAGCAUCUCGGGGACUCCUGCGGAGACGCCAGCAUGUAAAUCAGCUUCUGAAACCAAAGUGAUAUCGCAUGCUGUCCGGCAGCCAGUUUUUCUCCGCAGCAUGUCGGCUCCUUCUGACCUGGAAAUGAUUGGUAAUGAAGAUUUGGAAUUUACUAGAGCCAAUCAGAGGCGGCGUCAUGUGACCAGCCACCGUAGCAGCUCCUUUACACUCCUGCAGUCCCUGGCCAUCGAGGACAGCAGGGACAAGCCCACCUAUAGUGUCCUGCUGGGACAGCUGUUUGCUUUCAUCGGCACCAACCCCGACCAAGCAGUGUCCAGUAGCAGCUUUCUGUUGGCUGCACAGACAAGGUGGCGGCGGGGAAACACACGCAAGCAGGCUCUGGUGCACAUGCGGGAAUUGCUAACAGCUGCUGUGCGCGUUGGAGGGGUCACUCACCUUGUGGGUCCGGUGACAAUGGUCCUGCAGGGAGGACCCAGAAUUGAAGAACUCACCUGUGGUGGGAUGGUCGAGCAUGUCCAGGAGGCGUUUGGGGAGACCAUGACCUCUGUUGUGUCUUUGUGCGCGCGUUAUCCGAUUGCCUGUGCCAACAGCAUCGGCCUCUUGUGCACCAUACCUUACACCAGGAGUGAAGAGAAGUGCCUGGUGCGCAGUGGCCUCGUGCAGCUCAUGGACCGUCUGUGCAGCUUGAGCAGCCAGUCCGAGUCGAGCUCCAGUGAGAAGCAGACCAAGAAGCAGAAGGUGGCCACCAUGGCCUGGGCUGCCUUCCAGGUGCUCGCCAACCGCUGUGUAGAGUGGGAAAAAGAAGAAGGUGGCUCCACGGAGGCAGUGCACUCCGGCCUGGCCCGCCAGGUGUCCAGCCUGCUCACCAACCACCUCGCCCGAGCCACGGAGUGCUGCGGCAACCAGGCUGCCGGCAACGAUGCCCUGCAGGAUGUGCUCAGUCUCCUCAAUGACCUCUCCAGGAGUCACAUAGGCAAAGCCAUCCUGAGCCAGCCAGCGUGUGUCUCCAAGCUCCUCUCGCUGCUGCUGGACCAGCGCCCGUCACCGAAGCUCGUGCUCAUCAUUCUGCAGCUGUGCCGGGCAGCGCUGCCGCUGAUGAGUGUGGAAGACUGUGGCAAUGUGGAGCUCCCUCCCUGGAGCUACUCCGUGCCCUCCUUGAACAGUGAGCAGGAGGACCCCAGUGACCCGGCCUCCAAGAUCGCCUCCUUGCUCUUGGCCAAGCUGGCAGACUAUGUGGUCCCAGGAUGUCAGACAGUUCUUUCUCCAACUGCUUCUGAACCUGACACCAUAUUGACAAAAACCAGUCCCAAGAGCUCUUUAAAAGGGGAUAAAGAUCCUGGAGAAGAGAGUGAAGCAGUGGAUGGCAAGCUCUCCAUAUUCAUCCACAAGCGGGAAGAUCAGUCAUCUCACGAGGUCCUCCAGCCGUUACUCAGCAGCUCGGAGGGACGUCCCUUCCGGCUCGGCACCGGGGCCAACAUGGAGAAAGUUGUGAAGAUGGAUCGAGACAUGACCAAGGGCGGCUGCUGUGAAGUGAUCACAGAGGAGGCCACAGCUGCCCUGCGGAAAGCAACCAAGUGGGCACAGUCAGGCCUGAUCGUCAGUGUCGGGCCGCCGGUGGAAUCUGUCAGCCCAGAGACUGUGAGUGGACUGUCCACAGGUGACAAAAAGAAAACCGCCCAAACCUCCAUUUGCCGAGAGAGGAACUCUGAACUAGCAAGGACUGACCCUGUGCGGCCCUUCAUCAGCGGGCAUGUGGCGAACAGCAUGGCUGCUGAGGUCAUUGCCCUGCUGCACAGCUUGCUCAUGGCCCCAGAGUCGAAUGCCGCUCAGAUAUGGACUACAACGGCAGAGAAGGUUCUGUCUCGGGCACUGAUGUACAUCCCGCAGCUGGGGAAGUAUGCAGAAAGCAUUCUGGAAAACGGCAGUAGCAGCGGCAGAAAACUUGCCAAACUCCAGAGAAUCGCCCGCCAGGCUGUGGCUGCACUGUGUGCCCUCGGAGGCUUCAAAGAGACAAUCAAGAUAGGAUCCGAGGUUCAAGUUUUAGGGAGAGGAAUAUCAGGCAGCAUCGGCAUCGUGGCUUCUAUCAAUGAGCAGGAAGGUAUAGCUACGGUCAGAUUCCCACCCAUAGACUGUAGAAAGACUUCGCAAGCAUCAGACACACUGACCAUUCCAUUGUCUAGACUUUGUGUUCCAAGAGCAGAGGCAUUGCCUCUUCAUACACUGUCCAUUACUGAGAAGGUAGUACAGGCAGUCCAGUCCAUGUUGCUUCCUCAGGAGGGGAGUCUCUCUAUUCACACCUCACUUCCUGCAACAGGAGAUGGCUCAGCUCCUGUGAUGGCAGUCGUUCGGCUCCUGGCUGAGAUCAGAACCAGAGCAUGCCUGGUCAUGGCCCAGCUUUUAGAAGACAGCUUGUUUUGUGAAGAAUUCAUACAACAGUGCCCAGCAGCUGUUGAAGUGCUUAACCUAGUAGCCCAGGAAUGCAGUGCUGGAGAGCGACUCGCAGUGGUGGAGGUGCAGUGCGAACGGCUGAGGAUGCUCUACCGGGACUGUGCUCGGCCCCCGCCGCCUCCCCUGCAGGCCGACCGGAGACAGCCCAAGGAGAUUACCUGGAGUCCCUCUCGAGUGUUCCCUCCUGUCCGAGCCUGCAUGUUCUCCUCUCACCUGACUUCAGUCACCUUCCUGGCUGACCCCAGUGCUGGGGGCGGUCUGCCCCGGGGCACUUUCAUCUAUGCCACCUCACCCCUGCCAGUUCAGGCCCCAUCCUUUUACUGGGAAAUUGAGAUCGUCUCCUAUGGAGAUACUGAUGAUGACACUGGACCAAUAGUUUCCUUCGGCUUUGCCACAGAAGCAGAGAAGCGAGAUGGAGCUUGGACAAAUCCGGUGGGCACGUGCCUUUUCCAUAACAAUGGCCGGGCCGUGCACUACAAUGGCUCAAGCUUGUUGCAGUGGAAGAGCGUUCGCUUGGAUGUGACUCUCUCUCCUGGUGAUGUGGCAGGAAUUGGCUGGGAGAGGACAGAGGGGACUCCGCCUCCUCCAGGACAGCCCGCCAAGGGCAGGGUCUACUUCACCUACUGUGGGCAGCGCCUUGCACCCUAUCUUGAGGAUGUCUCUGGGGGAAUGUGGCCUGUGGUUCACAUUCAGAAAAAGAAUACCAAAACACGUGCUAACUUUGGCUCCCGUCCAUUUGCCUACGCUGAAGGGCAGGCCCACCGCAACGCCGCCGACCUGUGCACCGACCUGGCAGAGGAGAUCAGUGCCAACUUCGAGGCCUUGCCCUUUGCCAUGGCAUCUGACAGUGACAAUGAUGCUGGCACCAGCAUUGCAUCAGACCCGGGCACCCACGGUCCACCCUGCCGGAUUGCCGCUGUGGCCACUGCUCAGCAACAAUACGAUAGUGACACCUCCUGUCAUUAUAAAGUGGAGCUCAGCUAUGAGAAUUUCAUCACCUCUGGCCCCGAUCCUCACCCGCCUCCCAUUGCUGAUGAUGAAAGUGAUGACGAUGAUGACGAUGACAUCCCACAGGAGGACCACUAUGCCCUGCUGGUGAAAGCCUGGGAGACCAAGGUCUUUCCUACCAUCCGGAGACGCUUCCGCAAUGAAGCGGAGCGGAAGUCGGGCCUGGACCAGAUAAAGGGAGCUUUACAACUAGGUAUGGUGGAUAUCGCCCGGCAGACGGUGGAAUUCCUCUACGAGGAGAAUGGGGGUAUCCCAAGAGACCUUUAUCUUCCCACUAUCGAAGACAUCAAGGACGAAGCGAACAAGUUCACUAUUGAUAAAGUUCGAAAAGGUCUCACAGUGGUGACUCGCUCUCCGGACAGCAACAAUGUCGCCAGCAGCACUGUUGGAACUGCUCUUCCCAAAUUUGCCAUCCGAGGGAUGCUGAAGACCUUUGGGCUCCACGGGGUCGUCCUGGACGUGGAUUCAGUGAAUGAGCUGGUGCAGGUGGAAACCUACCUCAGGAGUGAAGGGGUGCUGGUGCGAUACUGGUACCCCAUUGACAUGCUGGAGAGGCCCCCCGCUGGCUACCGAAGGACUGCCACUAAUGGGCUUGUCACCCUGGACAACACCAACCUUCAGAUUCAUAGGGAGCUGCUGCGCUGUGAGGCUGCGCUCGCCAGGCUCUAUUGCCGCAUGGCCCUGCUCAACAUCUUCGCCCCCAAGUUGCCUCACAUGUUUACGCGCCUCUUCCACAUCCCUGCCAUCCGGGACAUCACCCUGGAACACCUGCAGCUGCUAUCCAAUCAACUCCUUGCUCCCCCCCUUCCAGACGGCACCAUCAGCUCCAGCUCCAUCCUGCUGGCACAGUCACUGCAGCACUGCAUCCACUCACAGAACUGCUCGGCCACAGACCUCUUUUACCAGGGCAACUCGCAGACGGUGCGAGAGUGGCUGAGUGUGGCCAUCACCCGCACGCUGCACCAGGGCGAGGAGAGCCUUCUGGAGCUGACGAAGCAGAUCUGCUCCUUCCUGCAGACAGCACCGGAGCAGUUCCCCUCUGAGGAGUUCCCGAUUUCCGAGUCCAAAGUCAACAUGGAUGUUAACUUCCCCGGGGCGGCUUUCGUCGUCGUGUCUUGCAAAGAAAGUCAGUCUGGAUUCCGCAAAGACUCCUCGCUGUACAAGGCGCCAUGGGCCCGGGUGCUGGUCUACGGGCUCGGCCACAAAGUGAAGCGGAACGGUCAGCUGAACCUCAUCGAGGCUGCCUGCUACCCCCGAGACGCGUCCCCAGCCAACACGGGGCUCGCCCCGCCCCCCACGGCCGACCAGUACCCUUCAGUGGUCCUCUCCACGGACAAGGUCCACAUCAAGCUGGGCGUGUCCCCACCGCCCGGAGCCGUGCUGGUGUUACACUCUCUGCCCUUGGAGUUCCCGCUGGCCAUGGCCUUUGCCGAGCAGCUGCUGUCCUGGAGAUCCGAGGACGGCGAAGGGAAAUCAGAAGAUGAGCCCGACAGCAUUCCAACCUCGGUCCUCUUGCUGGUGGUGGAGCUGCUGGGCAACUUCCUGUGGACCACGGACAUGGCGGCCUGCAUCAAGGAGCUGGUGUUCCACUUGCUGGCCGAGCUCCUGCGCAAGGCGCAUAGCCUGGAGCAGCGGAAGCGCCCCGCUGGCCUGUCCUCCUCCCUUGCCCUCCAGCUGAACCCCUGCCUGGCCAUGCUGAUGGCCCUGCAGUCGGAGCUGCACAAGCUGUACGACGAGGAGACCCAGAGCUGGGUGGCAGGCGGCUCCUGCGGGGGCGCCGGGGCGGUGGCGCUUGGUGACCAGGGCCGCUUCUCCACGUACUUCCACGCCCUCAUGGAAGGCUGCCUGGCGGUGGCUGAAGUGACCCUUCCCACCAACAUGAGCGUCACAGCCAGCGGGGUGACCUCGGCCACCGCCCCGAACCUCAGCGACUCCUCGUCGUCCUCGUCGUCCUCCCCGGGACAGACGCCGCAGAGCCCCAGCCUCCUGUCCAAGCGCAAGAAAGUCAAGAUGAAGCGGGAGAAGGCCUCCUCCUCGGGCAGGCGCCAGUCCUCCCGCGCGGUGGACGCGGACGCUGCCGUGCUCAGCAUCGGGGGCGGCAAGCCCGAGGACAUGCUCUGGUUCCACCGCGCCCUCACCUUGCUCAUCAUCCUGCGCCACCUCACCAGGAAGGACCCUCAGGGGCUGGGUGUGACCAGCGACGCCAUCGCCGACGCCUGCCAGGCGCUGGUGGGCCCCACUGCCCACAGCCGCUUGCUGGUCAUCUCCGGCAUCCCCACCCACCUGGACGAGGCCAUCGUCCGAGGCGCCAUCCGCAAGGCCUGCAAUGCCCACGGCGGGGUCUUCAAAGACGAGAUCUAUAUUCCGCUGCAGGAUGAAGACCCCAAGAAGCCCAAAGACAAGGCCGAGCGCAGCGAUGGGCAGGGUGAGUCGGAGAAGACCGUGGGUCUGUCCAGUUCAGACGGUGUGGAGGUGAGCUCGUCCAGCAGCCUGGCCCCAGCCGCGAGCGCCAGCGCGUCGGCCUCCACCAGCCAGGCCUCCAUCUGCAGCUCCCAGGGCGUCUCCCAGCCUGUCAGCGAGCUCUCGGUGGAGCCGCUGCCCUCCAGUCUCGAACUGCCCAUCCCUGCAGGCCUGCUGGAGCCGCAUGUGGUGUCCAGCCAGGAGAGCUUGGACACCUCCCUGUGCAGCACCGGCAGCCUGGGCAGCCUGGGCAGCCUGGCAGAGCCCCUGGACAACGCAGAGACGGCCUCCGUGUCGGAUGUGGGACCUGUGUACCCCGUCACCUCCCCGAACGGCCAGCCCCUCGUGGGCCGCCCCAUCAAAGGCUUCGCGGUGGUGGAGAUAAGAUCGCGAGCCAAAAUCGAGAAAAUCCGAGCCAGUUUAUUUAAUAAUAAUGACUUGAUUGGUUUGUCGAGCUUGGAUGGUGAAGACGAACUGAUGGAAAUGUCAACGGAAGAGAUCCUGACCGUGUCCGCGGUGAACCAGAGCCUGUUCGACACGCAGGGCAGCCCGGGGCUCGAGGACUAUUUCAAUGAUAAGUCAAUUAAAGGUGAGAAGCUGGUGCCUGGGGCCAGAGAGGUUCUGACGGAAAUAUUUAAGAGCUGCGCCCAUUCAGAGCAAACACUGAGCCUGACACCUGCUAAGCCCAUCCGAGUUUCUGACAUUUACCUCAGCAAAGAGCAGAUCAACUCCCAGACCCCGGGCAACCUCCUGCACCUCUUCUUCACCAACGUCCGGCCUCCAAAGAAGGUGCUGGAAGACCAGCUCACCCAGAUCCUGAGGAAGUAUGGUGUGCCAAAGCCCAAGUUUGACAAAAGCAAAUACAGCAAGGCCGGCAAGGAGCAGCACCCCGUGAAGGUGGUGAGCACCAAGCGGCCCGUCACCAAGCCACCGGCCAAGGACAAGGCCGUGCUCAACAGCGUCAGCAGGACUGCCUUAAGUGAAAAGAAGCCAGCUGUGAAGCCGAAAUCCCCAGAAAAGAGCAAGCCUGAUGAGAAGGACCCAGAAAAAUCACCCGCCAAGAAGCAGGAAGUCCCUGAAGAAAAAUAUCUGACCUUGGAAGGAUUCCACAAGUUUGUCGUUGACCGAGCCAAGCAGGACAUCCGCAGCGUCUGGAGGGCCAUCUUGUCCUGUGGCUACGAUCUUCAUUUUGAGAGGUGUGCCUGCAUCGAUGUCCGACAUGCCCAGAAGGCCUCCCGGAAGUGGACGCUGGAGAUGGACGUGGCGCUUGUACAGUGCAUCAACCGCCUGUGUCGCCACCUGGCCAUCACACCGGCACGGCUUCACCCCCAUGAGGUGUACCUGGAGCCUGCGGACACCACCGACCCCCAAACAGCCUGUCUCGCGAGUGUUCCCAUCGAGAGCCUGCGCCUGCGUUUCGCCCUGCUGCAGUCCCUUAACACGACGCUGGAGACCUUCUUCCUGCCGCUCGUGGAGCUGCGCCAGACGCCCAUGUACACGCACAGCAUCGCCGCUCUGCUGAAGGAGGCCAAAGGGCUGAUCUUCUAUGACACGAAGGUGACUGUGAUGAACCGAGUGCUGAACGCCACCGUGCAGAGGACGGCUGACCACGCAGCGCCCGAGAUCACACUGGACCCCCUGGAGAUUGUGGGAGGGGAAAUCAGAGCUUCUGAAAACUCCUACUUCUGCCAGGCUGCCCGGCAGCUGGCCUCAGUGCCAUCUUCCCAGCUCUGCGUCAAGCUGGCAAGUGGAGGUGACCCCACCUACGCCUUCAACAUCCGCUUCACAGGAGAGGAGGUCCACGGCACAAGUGGCUCUUUCCGCCACUUCUUGUGGCAGGUGUGCAAGGAGCUGCAGAGCUCCUCGCUGUCGCUGCUCCUGUUGUGCCCCAGCUCCGCCGUCAGUAAGAACAAGGGCAAGUACAUCCUGACGCCCAGCCCCAUCACCUAUGGGGAGGAACAGCUGCUGCACUUCCUGGGUCAGCUGCUGGGCAUCGCCAUCCGGGCGGACGUGCCACUGCCACUGGACCUACUGCCCUCCUUCUGGAAGUCACUGGUGGGUGAGCCUCUGGACCCCGACCAGGACCUGCAGGAAGCAGACAUCCUCACCUACAAUUACGUCAAGAAAUUCGAGAGUAUCAACGACGAGACGGAGCUGGAGGCCCUGUGCGCCGAGAUUGCCUCCCAGCACCUGGCCACCGAGAGCCCCGAGGGGCCCAACAAGCCCUGCUGCAAGUUCACCUACCUGACCAUGACGGGCGAGGAGGUGGAACUGUGCAGUCGCGGCCGGCACAUCCCCGUGGCAUGGGAAAACAAGGACAUCUACGCAGCAGCCAUCCGGAGCCUGCGGCUGCGGGAGCUGCAGAACGUGGAGUGUGUGACGGCCGUGCGGGCCGGCCUGGGCUCCAUCAUUCCCCUGCAGCUGCUCAGCACACUCAGCCCCCUGGAGAUGGAGCUGCGCACCUGCGGCCUCCCCCACAUCAACCUCGAGUUCCUGAAGGCCCACACCAUGUACCAGGUGGGGCUGAUGGAGACGGACCAGCACAUCGAGUUCUUCUGGGGGGCCCUGGAGAUGUUCACGCAGGAGGAGCUGUGCAAGUUCAUCAAGUUUGCCUGCAACCAGGAGCGCAUCCCCUUCACCUGCCCCUGCAAAGACGGGGGUCCGGACACCGCCCAUGUGCCCCCAUACCCUAUGAAGAUCGCCCCCCCGGAUGGCACAGCAGGUCCCCCAGACUCACGCUAUAUCCGGGUGGAGACCUGCAUGUUCAUGGUCAAGCUCCCCCAGUACUCCUCUCUGGAAGUCACGCUCGACAAGCUUCGCUGUGCCAUACACUACCGGGAAGACCCCCUCAGCGGCUGAGGGCAGGGAGCCCAUGAGCUGGGCCUGGGCAGCCUGCCAUAAUGGCCCUAGGGCUGUGCGAGGAGGAGGUGACGUCGCUCUUCCAAACUUUCCUCCAUGUCCCAGGGCCUCCUGGAAGACAUCGCCUGUGUAUUUGUCCGUGUUGUGAUGGGUUGGUCCCCCUGCCGCAGUGUGUGGCACCUUGUAGGAUAGUCUAGUUCCCACACAGUCUGUGUCUAUUUUGAUCUUCCUGGACAUUCCCUCGUGGCUGGCAGUCACAAGGCCCCGAUGGGCACCUCAGCCCCAAAGCCCUCUAGGCAGGUGGCCACGGCAGGCCCACCCGGUCUGUACCCACAAGCAUACUCGCGGCUGGCCCUGCUCUCCUACCUGAGUGGGGGCACAUCCCAGAAGUGGAUGCUGCAGGCUUCCUUCAGCGUGUGGCAGUCACCGCCAGCUGCCCAGAUACACCUGCCACGUGGGGAGCUCCCUGUGUCCAUGUCCCCGCUUAGGAAGCCUGUGGGGGUGGCCUGGAGACUUCUCCCAGACCCAGUGAGGCCGUUUUCCCAGAGGACUCCUGUAGCAGUGGUGCCAUGCCCGCUGGCUGCAGCCCAGCUGCGCCACUGAGGACGCCUGGGGCCAAGGGCCAGCGCUCGCUCGAGGCAGGAGCUUCUUAAAUGCCUCUGACCAGGAAAGCACAGGAAUUUGAGCCAGCCCCCACUUCGCGUUCCACGGCCCUUCCUCCCAGUGACUUGGGGAACACGUGCCCGUUUGAAUGCUGAGGUGCUCCUUUCCAUUUGGGGUCACUUCCAAGUCCAGAUGGAAACCAUUGAGGGCAGUGGGCUCCUGCCAUCUGGCCAGGCUCGCUGGACACCACUCGGCCCCAUUCGGUGUGCACCAGGCUGCCCUUGCACUUGAAUGUGUGUGCCCCGUGGUACUUGUCCAGGAGCAGCAUGUGCCAUCUGUGGGACACACAGACCCUGCUGGGUUCAGAGUGUGGCUGGGACUGCAAGGGUGGCUGCUGCUCAGAUGGGUACCGUGCGCGGUCAGGUUAUAGCUGCUGUCCAGCAUCCUUUGGAAGUGCAGGAAGGACCUCGGAGCCCAGGCGAGAGGCUCCCGGAUCGGCAUCAGCACGGCGGCUGCAUCAGCUGCGUCUGGUGCAGGAGUCGCCUGCGGAGCGGAGAGCCCUGGACAGAAGGGUCUCACCAGGACACAUUCCUGACCACAAGGAUCCUCUCACCGAUGGGCACAGGCAAGGACCUUCGGGUUCACUACCAGUGCUGUUGUCCCUCCAUCCUCAUCCCGAGGGCAGUGGGCAUUCGGCCAGCUGCCUCCCCGGGCGGCUUGGGACGGUCUGGUGGCCAUUGCCAGACGACAGCGAUGGCUGGGAGCGAACUCCUUCACCAGCCCUGCUGCCCCUCAGAGCGCACGCGCGGGUCCACACGUCCCAGCCUUGGCCCUAAAACAUGUGUGCUGGAAAGUUACUUGAUGUAUAUUUAUUAUAAUUAUUUAUGGUUGCAUUUAACAAAUUGUUCAUUCAAUCUGAUGCUAUUUACACUCUGCUGUGUAAAGGAAGCUCACAACAGGAAAACAUCACACCAAUAAAUAACCUUCAUGUGA